AUGAACGUUUGUGCGUUCUUGGGAGGUAAAACGACCGAACGCGAGAGUUUUUCAGCUCAAAGAAAUGCCCGACAAGGAGCAAAACAUCGAAAAAAAGAAGGUGAGUGUCAUUUUUUGGACCUUCGGAAAAAAUUUUUUCGAAAUCUACAUAAAAUUUGCUUGUUGAUAGUGGUCUGUUUGGUGUAGUGCAAAGCAGUUUCACAUAGUGCUGUGCUUUUAAAGAUGCAAAAGUCAGUUGCGCAGUUAACGUGCGGGUUUUUGUAACGCCAUGUUUAUUUUAUGUUAUUUUGCAGUCGGAUGGAAAAGCACCUUGGUUUUUUGGAAAGAAGAUGCCGUUUGUGUGGGAAAACUUUCUCUAAAAUCCAAACUGUCCAGAAUUGCGACAAAACAGCGUUUGGAAGGGAACUUUUGAACUUCUUUGGCGUAGAUAUUGGGCUGGACUCCAGAGAAAUCCAUCCACAGAAAGUGUGUUCGGCUUGCAGGAGAGUCGUUUAUCAUUUAAAUUCGGGUAACUUGGACCCCGAAACCUCUGAAGGGAGAAAGCAAGGAAUAAAACUGUUUCUGUGGAAGGAACACUCCUCAAACUGCUAUUGCCUGCAGAAACUCAAGGGAAGGCCUUCAAAGAAGGAAUUAUGCAACAAUGCAAACCAGUGCAAUUUUCGAUUACUGAAUUAA